AUUUAGGCCUUCUGUGCACACACUUUGUUGUUGUGCGCACACCUUUUCUUCUCACUUGACAGGUUCCUUUUGUGGUGUUGCAGAAUACCUUGCCCCAGAGAAGUGGUGAAGUGAGUGCUACUCUUGGUGGGAUUGAUUUAAACAAUUCUGGCAGUGUGGUAGUCAGAGAAGACAAAAAAUUGUUGACUGUCCUUUUCCCAGAUGGUCGUGAUGGUCGUGCCUUCACCCUUAAGGCAGAAACUUCUGAAGAUUUAUUUGAGUGGAAAGCAGCAUUAGAAGAAGCUCUUGCACAGGCUCCAAAUGCAGCUCUUGUGAUGGGGCACAAUGGGAUAUUUCGCAAUGACACUUGUGAUGCAUAUGAAACAACGGCUCCAAAUUGGCGAGAGAAAAGGCCAGUCAAGUCACUAGUUGUUGGCAGGCCAAUUCUGCUUGCGCUCGAAGAUAUUGAUGGCCGCCCUUCUUUUCUAGAAAAAGCUCUGCGUUAUCUUGAGAAACAUGGGAUAAGGGUGGAAGGAAUUUUGCGCCAGGCUGCCGAUGUGGAGGAGGUUGAUAGGAGGCUAUGUGAAUAUGAACAAGGAAGAACCGAGUUUGCACCAGGCGAGGAUGCACAUAUUAUUGGUGACUGUGUGAAGCAUGUUCUUCGUGAGCUACCAUCUUCGCCAGUGCCUGCUUCUUGUUGUACAGUUUUAUUGGAAGCUUUUCGUAAGUUUUCUGUUAAGUUUAUUCUUAAAUGUUCGUGCACUGUUUUGUGGAAUGUCGUGUACGAAAUGUUGGCAUUGAAUAUCACAAUUUUUUCUACAGUUUGAAAUAACCACCCCCCGCCUUGAAGUUAAAAUUAGUAGUGAUAAUUCAUUGACAUAUGUGCUUAGCACCAUCCCCUCUGCUGCCAGCAACAUGACAAUGCUGUCUUUAUCUAUUUGAUUUGAUUUGUUGAUCUGGGAGUACACAUUUGAUGUUAAAUAAAUCUCCUUAGUAUGUGAAAUUUAACCAUCCGUGCUUUGGAAUGGAAUUUCUUGUGCGGGUAUCCUUUAUCUUGGAACAGUGUAUGCAAAGUACAUAAAAUACAAGCAUAUGUGCCACAUCCACUCCCAUAUGUUUAUUGUUCCACAUGAUAUAGGAACACUGUCAAGGUACAAUUUUACAAGUAGUGCAGAUUGCAUAGGAUACAAAACUAAAUCCUUUGUGUGCACCCAUUCAUACAGAAGCACAUGCUUACCUCCAAUUUUGGUUCUGUCCUUUACAUUUGAUAAAGCCUGUGAAUGAAGAGGAAGUGAGGAGAGUUCCCAUGUGAAUCGUGCAGUUGUUAUGGCCAGGCCUUGUUACGGCUCUGAGUAUACCCUCGCCUUCAUCUAUCCACUGGUAGGGCUUUUUGUUGCCAUUGUGGAGGGGCUCUGGAGCCUACUGGAGAAGUGAGAGGGAGAAACCAGAAAAUCUUGUUUAUUUAUUGCUUCACUGAAAGUGAUAAUAUGCCAUGCCUUAUAUAUAGAGCUGUAAGAUUUGAUAGAGUUUUGUAUGCGGUGCACUUGUAUUCCUUUACAACGGGAUAAUUUAUACAACAACUCACAGAUCAGCUAACAGAAUCCCUAACUAGCCAAGAGAAAGAGGGGAAAGUGAGGGAGUGGGUUAGCUAAUCCUGGAGAAUCAGUCACCUAUACGUGCACUACCGAAACGGCAGCCAUGGCAGCGUAUAUCGCCUAAGUGCAUCUCCAACAAGAUGAUGUAAAAGUUGGUGCCCGGAAAUGAUUUUAGGGCAGGAGACA